CUAAUCGCUCGCCGGACCCCGCCCGACAACCAUCCCGCCGCCGUUUUCCGCGUCCACAGCUCUUGAGAAAACAGAUGAACACGCUCGUCUCCCGUCGCUCCGAUGCCGUCUCCCGUCUCAUCAGCCGCCGCCGCCGCCUUGAGGAAACAGAUGACCAUGCAACCGGACCCCGCCUGUCGCCCGAGACGAGUCACCACACCUCGCGCCAGGACCCCACACACGACACGGAAACGAAACCAGCGCACGCAUGUAGGCGGGCGGCAUCCGCUUCCAGAUCCUUAGUUUAUCCGCCACCCAAAACCGGCGAACCGACCUACCGCCCCGUCGGGCCAGCCAAUGCCCACCUCAAAUAACUCCCCGCCUCCGGCCGCGGCCCCACCCGGUGGCCCAAGAAAAAUAACGUGCCCGCACGUCCACACGCCACCGCGCGGCCACCGCCGCGAGCGUCCCCCGAAAAACGCAGCGAAACUAGCGGAAAAAAACGGGCGAAAUCCCCACCGCCUCACGCGCCGCGGCAUCGGCGGCGUCUCCCACCGCGGCAAUGGAGGUCGCCUCCUCCUCUUCCCCGUCGCCUUCCCAGCAGCCGACCGCUUCCUCCAAGCCGGCCCUCCGGCUCAACCCCGCGGCCGUCCUCCUCCGCCGCCUCCCCACCCCGACCCCGACCACGGCGACCCCCGUCACCGCUGCCCCCCGACGGCCCAGCGGCGGCGCGACCAACGCGCUCGCCGCCUUCCUCUCCUCCCUCCUCCCUCGGCGCGAGCGGCCGCCAAAACAGCCGGACCCCGCCGCAUCCGCCUCCGCCUCCGCGGCGCGGAAGGCGGCCAAGGCGGCGGCAGAGGCGGAGGCUGAGGCGCGGCAGCUAGUGGGUUGCGCGGUGCCGCUGUUCCGGCCGUACGUGGCGCAGCUGCCGUGGCACGGCGGCGCGCGGGCGUGGCUGUCGAAGCUGUUCCCGCGCUACGGCCACUACUGCGGGCCCAACUGGUCCAGCGGCAAGGAGGCCGGCUCCGUGCUCUGGGACCGCCGCCCCGUCGACCACCUCGACUUCUGCUGCUACUGCCACGACAUGGCCUACGACACCCACGACCAGGCCCAGCUCCUCCGCGCCGACCUCGCCUUCCUCCGAUGCCUCGAGGGCAGCCGCCAGACCCCCGCACGCGACGGCGUCGCCGCCGCCGCCAUCUACCGUGCCAUGUGCAUCUUCGGGCUCAAGACGAUUCUGAUCCCUUACCGGACGAACCUCGUGCGGCUGCAAACCGGGCCGAAUUACAACGACGCCUUCGCCGAUUUCGUGAAGAGAGUCGCGUCGUCGUCGGGCAGGCCGACCGGCGACGAGAAGCAGCGAUUUUGAACGGAUUUGCUCCCCUAUUCCUUGCAAGGUGGCGGAUGGCACUGAAUUCAUUGGGGAAUGAGAUAGUACUAGUAAUUGUCCCUAGCGUGAGUUUUGAUCCGCAUAUGCCGAGGGAACUUUAUGUUCUAUCUAAUUGGG